AUGAAUGUACCCUCGAAACGUGAGGUUCAAAGCAGCAUAAUGAUCUUGCUCGAUCCUCUGAUCUCCUUGGCCUUGCAGGCCACCUGGUAUUGUUGCUCGUGCCACGAACACCUUGACUUGACAGAUGACCAGUUCUCAAAUAUGAAUAGGCUUGCCAGCUUCAGGAACCCCAGCACCGUCGUGAAGGUCAUUCCUCCAUUGAGCGCCUGCGCCUCCGGAGUACCUCGUCGUGAAGGUGGCAUCAUUCUUGGAGGAGUGGAAGCUGCACUAUUUCUUGGGCGAGGGAAUAGGAUCGAUCCAGUUGCUUGGAUUGUUGGAACUUGCGAUGGUGAUAGUGAUUGGUGUCUGAAAGUACCACUGUUCCUCUGUGCCCCUUCCGGCUCCUGGAGGUUGGACACCAUCGACGCCAAGGCAUUUUCUCCUGUGGCUUCUACAGGUCAGGAGGUCGUCAUCAUCUUCAGGCUAAUCCGAAGCCAGCAUCUUGAUGUCAAAUGGUGGCCUAUUUGCACAAUGGGCCAUUGCAGCAGCAAAUUCCCAUGUGCCUCUGCUGCUGGCAAAACUGGAAGAACAGACAUACUAGAAAACGCAAGUGGGAAACCGUCAGGCAAAAUCGGAUGUGAGGAGCUCCCGUCGAUGAUUCCUCAGCAAGUUGAACUGUCCAAACCAUUGGGUAUCAUGACCGUCGCCAUAAUCUUCAGUCUGUUGUUCUGUGAUGGCAAUGAGAUACACAAGUUCGCCCCCUCUUACUGGAGACAUUAUUUUGGUGAAAGACUUCAAAAGGGUGUAGGCCCUUUCCAUAUGACGAACCCACAAUCUGAGCUGAUCAUGGGCAUCAAGUUGCACAUCCCUUCUGGGGUGGAGCGUCACUGGAUCCUCGUGAUGAAAUCGAAUCAUUGGGGUUAUCAAUCUCCAAAGGAAUUCGUUGCUGCAGGUGACUUUUUGGUAUACAAGUUUCCCGUGUGGACAUGUGUUGCCGGAGCUUGGCUCGGCUUGGCUGAGCCACGCGAGCCAAGCCAAAAGUAG